GGACUCAUGCUCACAGAUUAAGACUCACUGGGUUUUACAAUGCGGAAACCAGCGACUGGAAAAGCGUACAGGUGUGAAAACAUAACCUCAAGAAGAGUCAUUUAGGUUUGGGGUUAAGAACGCCCCAUGACCCUCCACGUAUUUGAACGACCUCUUUAAGAAUACUUCCUCAAUGUUUACACAGUUCUGCCAGAAGUUUUCACCAGAUUGUAGCAAAGUCACCUCUGAACUGUUUUCUAAAGGAUUUCUAAUAUGUAAAAGCCAUUGCAGGUUACUUUCGGUUAACCUCAUUCUUUGACGCAGGUUGUCUUGUUGGUGAUGGGCUGUUUUUCCAUCUGCUGGCUACCCUAUCUAGUCGUGGCCUGCACCAGAGCGUUCGACUGGCACCAAAAGGCCUCUCCGACACUCUACAAAGCCAUGUUCUCUCUGGCGAUGGCAAACAGCGGGAUGAACCCCAUGAUCUAUGCUUGGAAGAAUGCAAACUUCCGCAAGGCCUUCUUCAGGCUCCUGCGUUUUCAGUCGCCUAAUCGAAACGAGUUCAACUCGAGCCUGAAGAAUUACCUACGCAAGCAGAACGAAUUACCGAAGCUUGACAGAUCGAAUAACCAGGCAACAAUUAACCAGGAACGUCGACAUAUCAGGACGAUCUCCAAGGACUAUUCCCUAGGUGGAACCGCAUGCUUCGAGACGACUACCUUAUGAAUUCUCUUCCCACUUUUUCCCUUUCACAA